CACACAAGUGUUAUGAACUGUAUUGCCUUCAUUUGUCUUUGUACAUGUUCAUUAUUGUUAUGCAUGAAGCAUGUAAUGUAAUGUUUGUUAAUGAGUGUUGUGCCAUGUUAUUAGUCUGCAGUUCAUGAUGUAGCAGAAAUGCGAGUCUGUGUUUGUCUGGAGAGUGAGUCUGAGUCCGGAAGCGGCUGUUUUUCCCUGGAGUGAAGCUGGAAUGUGCAGCUGGACUCUAAUCAGGGAAUGUGGCAGUGAGAAGUAAUUCCUCCCCCACGAUUAUUUGAAGAUGGACAAAUCACUCGGCCUGAUCUUCCUGUUGAUCUGUGUGGGGUUUGUGGGUCACAUGACACACGCUGCUUUCAUGGAGAAACUGGCAAACUUUAAGAUCUGUGCAGACAAGGACUGUUCAUAUGUGAUUUCAAUGGCUAAAGCUCUUGAAGACUACGUGGCUUCAGACUGCAGAUACAUCAACCUGAGACGUGGCCAGAUGAUCUAUGUGUUUUCUAAACUCAAGCCUGUAGAGGGAGCCGGAGUCUUCUGGUCUGGAAGUGUCUACGGUGAGCGCUAUGUAGAUCAGAUGGGUGUGAUUGGAUAUUUCCCCAGUAACUAUGUCAAUGAGACACAUGUUUUUCAGAAGAAAACAGUUGAGAUCCCAACCACUGACAUGGACUUCUUCUGUGCGUAAAAGACAGUAACUUACACUAGCGGCUCUUAACUAUUUAGACUCUGAGGCCAUUGUCCGUAGUUCACAACAAUAUUCAAAUAGGCCUAGUUUUGUUCUCAAAACCUAUUUUAGUCUACUUCCUAGUUUCUGUAAAGUAAAAUAAGUCACUAAAAUAAUAAUAAUUAAAAUAACAGAUUAAUGUUCUUCAGAGAUCACACUCAUUUUAACUAAUUAUUUUACAGAACUUUUCCAGUCUGUAAUAAGAAUUAAGGAUAUUUUAAAUGAAUUCUUUCUCACAAUUUCUACAUAAUAAAAUUAUUUAGAGCUUGGCAUAAGAAAAAAUAAUGUUCUUUAUAAAAGUGCUCAAACAUUUUGUAAUUAGCCUACCUCCUAAAUCAAGACAUUUAGUUGAGGGAAAUAAUUUAAAUUUGAGUUGUUUUAGCUU